UCCAUUACCCAGAUCAGAUGGGCUCAAAAUUCAAUCCCACAGAGAGAGACAAAGCGACAAACAGACACAAAAGGGCCGCUCCAGAAAUAAAAUUUGAACAAAGGACAACCCUAGGAACUCAAACCAAUCCCCCAGGGAUAAAUUCGUACUUUCACAGCUCCAAAUCACAGAACAAAGGAUUCCAGAGGACGAAAACCAUGAAUAGGAAAAGCAACGGCAAAGUUAAUAAUCAUGGUGGUGAUGAUGGCGAGAGAAGAAGAGAGCGAAGCGUGGGGUACAUGGGAGGAGCUUCUGCUAGGGUUCGCCGUGAAGCGCCACGGGCUCGCCGACUGGGACUCCGUUGCAGCGGAGGUCCGCACCAAGAGCUCUCUCCCUUGCCUCUUCCUCACAGCUCACCACUGCAAGGUCAAGUUCCACGACCUUAAACGCCGCUUCUCCUCCCAAAACGCCGACGUUCUCGAACGCCACGAGGACGAGACUAUCCCCUGGCUCGACGAGCUGAGGAAGCUCCGCGUCGCCGAGCUUAAGCGAGAGGUCCGAAACUACGACGUUUCAAUCCUUUCUUUGGAGACGAUGGUGAAGAGGUUGGAGGAAGAGCGAGAGCUGAACGUGAGAGGGAAUGGAAUUUUCCAAGGAAAACCAGAUCUGGAAGAACUGCGAGAGAGAUCGGAGAACGACAAAGGUGACGAACCGGAGAAAACCGGCGGGGAGUUGGACCGUUCCGUCAACGAGUCCAACACCACCGGUUCGAAAGGAAAAUCCGGUGGCGAAGAGGUAAGAUUAGGACUCGAAGCGCUCCGCACCGGUUCGAGUGGACCGGAAUCGGAACCGAUGGCCGAGAACUCGCACGACGGGAGCUCCGAUACCGUGGCUAAGAGCCAGUCCGAGAUCGAGUUGCGUGGCGACUCGGCGGCGCGGGAGAGCAGCGAGGUGCAGAGCUCGGCAAGCUUGUCGCGGAAGAGGAAAAGGAGGGGACGCCGGAGAAUGGAGGCUUCCGGCGGACUGGAUCCGGCGGAGACCAUGGAGGACACCGGGAAAUCGCAGCCGUUCGUUAGGGUUUUGGAGAUGAUUAGAGCGCAAAGCGGUUCGCUGUUCGAGCGCCGGCUCGAAAGCCAGGAAAAUGAGGAGUACAAAAACUUGGUGAAGCAGCAUGUGGAUUUGGAAACAGUACAAAGCAGGCUCGUCAAGGGCAACUAUUCCUCAUGCACCCUCGCAUUCUACCGAGACCUUCUGCUUCUCUUCAACAACGCUGCCCUAUUCUUUCCCAAGUCCUCCCUUGAGUCGAUCACUGCCCACCAGCUCCGCCACCUCCUGUUGAAUGAGAUCCCAAAACGCAACAACUCAUUCCCAAAAGAACCUUCACCAACACCCAAUGCAGCAGCAUCACUAUUGCAGCCUAAACCUGAGUUAGAAAGAUCACAUUCAUUGCUUGCAAAACACAACUCGCCUGCUCCGAUAAUUGUUUGCCGCAAACGGAGUUCCAUUUCAGCUAAACCUAAUUCCUCUGCCAUUACCAUCGGUCAAAAAGAUAAGCAAGCAAGCGAUGAGAAGAUGCCAGUUCUUGAUCCGAACUCGUUGCCCAUUAAGCCCUCUUCAGACAAUAGUAUGUUGAAAACUAAUGCCAACGAUAAGCCUGUAACUGGAGUCAGAAGCUCGAGAAGGAGCAAUAAGAACCCAACAAACAAUAAUACCAGUAGUGCUUCCAGCAAGAAGCAAACAAGUAUGAGCCCUGGCUCAAAACCUGGGUUAGGUAAUAAACUAGAGACUCCCAAAAGUGAUCAGAAGAAUAAAACCGAAGCAUCGACGUUGGGGAAAAAACGAAGCGCAGCCGAUUUCUUAAAAAGAAUUAAAUGGAACUCUCCGGGGGAAACUGUGAAGAGUAGUUCUAGUAAAGAGAAGAAAAGUAGGCAUAAUGGGAAGGGGGGUGACAAGAAAGAGAGGAGGGCGUUAAGGCAAAGCAGUGAAAGGAAACUUGUGAGGGGGGAGGAGAGUAGUCCAUCAAAGCGGAGUGUUGGAAGGCCACCAAGAAAGGCAGCGGAGGCAAAUGCAGUUUCGGUGAAGCGCGGUAAGGGGGCCAGUGGAGGAAAGGAAGUGGCGGCCUUGAAGCUGCCAAGAAAGCGAGCUAGGAGGUAGAAGAAUGGCUCCAUUGGUUGCAUCUGUAUAUUAUGUAACUCCAUUUAAUUUAACUAAUUAGAAAGUUGUAGACCCUGUAAGAUGCAUCUUCUUUUGGUCCCACAAAUAUUAGUUAGACUAAUCAGAUGAGAAUACUCUCAAAUCAAUCCGACCCAAUAGAUUUUGUGGA